CUCGCGUCACAGCCGCAGCAGCAGCACCUCCACCACCACCAACUACCACACACUCACUACCUCCAACCCUCGAGCUGCGGAAAUGGACGAUUCAGAGCUCGAGCAGAUUCGCAAAGCUCGUCUCGAGCAGCUCAAGUCGCAAGGCGGCGGCAGCGGCCGCGGCGGGCCAUCGGCCGGCGGGCAGCAGGACCAAGAGCAGCAGAAGCAGCAGCAGCAGGAAGAGGCCCGGCAGCACAUCCUCAACCAGAUCCUGCACCCCGAGGCGGCGGACCGGCUGGGCCGCAUCCGGCUCGUCAAGGAGCAGCGCGCGACCGACGUGGAGAACCGGCUCAUCACGCUCGCGCAGACGGGCCAGCUGCGGCAGAAGGUGACGGAGGCGCAGCUCAAGGAGCUGCUCAACGCCGUGGCGGACAACAAGGGGGAGGAGAAGAUUGUCGUGAGCCGCCGCAAGGGCUGGGACGACGACGACGACGACCUGCUGGACCUGUGAGACUUGACGAAUGGGGAGAGGGUGGUCAGUCGUGGAUGUCGGGGUGGGCGGCGCGCGGUGGGCGUGAGGAGAAUGCGCAGACCGAACACACGCAGCGGACACCGCACAAAAAGUGAUACCAAUGGGAUGAAUGAAUGGAUUUAUGCUAUGCCACUGCGCGCUCGUUGCUUUUACAGAUUUUGUACAUGAGGAGUUUGUCCAGUCUUGCCACCUGGUAUAGGUAAGCGAGGGAGAGGGCUUUUCACAUGCCCUGUGCCUGUAUCUCCUUGAGGCGCUUCUUCUCCUCGCGCUCCCUCUUGCGAAUCUCCCGCAGGUCGGGAGGCCGCUCGAUGCCCAGCUCCGCCCUCAAGU